AUGGAUGUUAAUUAUCUAGGUGGUGAGGAACUAAAAUAUGAGUUACACAUUCGAGGUCUCCCAUUAACCGGUUCUUUCGCUCAAAAACGGACCAGUCUUCGUGAGUCCUUGCGGUUGGAACGGGAGAAACACAUUGAUCCUCCUAGUUCCACUGCCUUCGACACGGAUAGUGAGCUUUGCCUUUGUCGUAGUAAAUUAAUAUCUAUUGAACGGGAUAUUAAGACUCUCGGAAAGGAUUAUUGUGAUGGAGAAUCCAAACGGAUUAAUACCCUCUUGUUGCAUUUGUACCAGCGUAUCAAUCGAGUCCAUGCUGUGUCAGAAGUAGAGUCGGUUUUAAAAAAUGAGAUUGUAAGUUCAUGCACUAAACUUUUUGGUGAUCUUAAUCUUGCUUCUCAAGGUAUCAUGCCUUCUUGCUCUUAUGCCAACAAACCACCAGCCAUUACCGUAACAGGAGCCACUCCAUCUCACGAACCCCAUGAAUCCUUAAAUACAGGAGACAACUUAGUAGUUUCAAAUGACUUAAUUGUUUUGAGUGAUGAGGAAUCUACACCUGUUGAAGAACUUGAAGCGGAACGUGUUAAUUCCAAUGUUGCUGCCGCAUCGACUUCACAAUGCGAGGUUGCAGAGCAGUCGAUCCAUUUGAAUAAUUUCCAGUCUGGUACUUCUACGUCCUUUGCACAUUCAGCUAUUAAUAGGGAGUUGCCUCAGAUUGAAUCUCAUAGCGAUGCAGUACCCUAUGGGACUACUUCCAAUCCGUCUUUGACACAACAGUCUAGACCUCCACUCCAGGAUUUAUUGGAGCUUGCUCAAAGCAGUUGUCCUUAUUUUAAUCCUCAGCAGAGAACGUCAAGUUCAUCUGAGUCAAGACCUUCCUAUGGUCGUUUCAUGCAGCGCGACGGAUCCAGAGUCUUUCAGUCUUCCGGAAAUGAACUUAAUGCAAAGUCCUCAAUAUCUUCGAAUCCUAUAUCACAACCUCCUGUAAGUCAAAUUAACUGUUAUCCAGUGAGUUCAGCAAAUGAGUCUCAAUCAAUGAGUCGUCAAUCACAGGUUCGUUUUGGACCCCCCGUGGUUCAUGCAUCUCCUCCAGCAAACUCCACUGCUCAUGGAGACAACUUGUCCCAGUCCAUACCAAUCAACGACUUAGUUCGUCAUUUGGAAGAAGUCAAUUUUUCUCCGACGGACACAUCGAAUCGAACUUACGGGCGUGAGCCGAGACAACUAUCGCAUCCCUCAUACCAUACAAAUGAUGUGUUUCGAUGGAAUAUUAAGUUUAAUGGACAGACUAGUGUUAACGACUUUCUAGAGAGAGUUGAGGAAAUACGUUUAUCUCGAGGUGUACUUAAGGAGCAGUUACUCCGGUCUGCACCAGAGUUGUUUACUGGCGAUGCCCUUCUUUGGUAUCGUACCAAUAAAUUUGCCAGUUGGGAUGAUUUAGUAACUAAAUUGAAAGAUUCCUUUCGGCCUUAUGACUAUGAAUAUGGUUUGUGGGAUGAAAUACGUAGGCGCACCCAAGGAUCACAAGAACGCGUCCUUACGUUUAUUGUCGCAAUGGAGAGUCUAUUUCGAAAACUUUCAGAAAGUCCCUCCGAAUCAGUCAAACUUAAUCUUAUUCGUCGAAAUUUACUUCCUUAUAUUCAAAGUAGGCUUGCUACCCAUGAAAUCCAUGAUCUUCACGAGUUGACUAGGUUAAGUCGAGCAAUUGAAGAGACCGAAGCCAGAGUGCAGAGAUUUGUCCCACCCCCCACAAACAUUAGACAGCUAUUAGAACCUGAACUUGCCUACAGAAAACCCAGUCAUCACGUAGCGUCAAUUGAGUCUUAUUCAGAGCCUAGUGAUGUUAAGCCAAUUAUUCCUAAUAAUCAUUCGGCUUUUUCAACUUCUAUAGAUGCAGUUUCUUCUGUUGUAACCUGCUGGAAUUGCGGUGACAGCGGACAUCGUUUUCGUAAAUGUUCUAAGCCCAAAACGUUCUUUUGUUUCCGAUGCGGAAAGAGAGACGUUAGUGCAAAGACUUGUCCAACGUGCUCAAAAAAACGAGGCAUCGGCAAGAGCAUAGGCCGUCCCUCUUGCCUAUCUUUUGAAUCACAAUCGGCUAUUAGUCUAUCCAAACAUGUUCGUACUUCUGCCGUCCUUGAUUUCGUCUUGGCACAUGCCAAAGGUGAUGAGCGUCCUUAUCUGCACAUAGACAUUUUUGGAAAAUCACUAUUAGGUUUACUUGAUAGUGGAGCAUCUCGAACUAUUAUUGGUUCUGCCGGAUGGUCUGUUUUGUCUACUUAUUGCACCCUUAAACAAUCUGGGGCCACUGAGUGCACUGUAGCCAAUGGACAACAAUGUUCAAUAAAAGGAAUUGUGACCUUACCUAUGAGGCUUCGCACUCGCGUAGUCCUUAUGGAUGUUUUGGUUGUUCCCUCCCUACCCCAUUCCUUGAUCUUAGGUAUUGAUUUUUGGACUCGUAUGGGGAUCAUACCUGACCUUAACACUGGGGAAUGGCAUUUCAAAGAUGUUGCUCCAUACUACUGUCACGAAACUGCCGCAAUUCAAUCCGUUGAUACUCUGACUCCAACACAAAAAGGAACUCUCGAUCGACUUAUCGAGGAUGUCUUUUCCAACAUGAGUUCAACAUUGGGUUGUACCAAUUUGGUCAAGCUAGAAAUCAGGACAAAUUCAGCACCUAUCAAACAGCGCUAUUAUCCUCUUUCCCGUGCCCUUCAAAAGGAUGUCAAUACUGAAUUGGAACAAAUGAUUGCCAAUGGUAUUGUGGAACCAUCUAUUUCACCCUGGUCAUCUCCAAUAGUAAUGGUUAAGAAAAAAACUGGCGAAUGGCGUUUUUGUGUCGAUUAUCGCGCUUUAAAUCGUGUGACCAUCAAAGACAGUUAUCCCAUACCUUUUGUUUCUGCCACUUUAGAUAAAUUAAGAGAUGCCAAGUUCCUUAGUACGUUGGAUAUUAAGUCCGCGUAUUGGCAAAUACCUAUUGCACCAGAAUCUCGCCCUCUUACUGCAUUUACAGUCCCUACUAGAGGACUUUUCCAAUUUACCCGUAUGCCCUUUGGGUUGACUAAUGCCCCUGCAGUGUGGCAAAGACUGAUCGAUUCUGUUAUUGGUGUUGACUUGGAGCCAUACGUCUUCGUCUAUCUUGACGACGUAAUCAUUUCCACCCCGUCGUUCGAGGAACAUAUUCGUGUUUUACGUGAGGUCAUACAGAGGAUCGUUAAGGCAGGUCUAACUCUUAACAGAGAGAAGUGUACCUUUUGUAAACCCGAGUUAAAAUAUUUGGGGUACAUUGUUAAUUCUUCCGGUCUACUAGUGGACCCCGAUAAGAUUGAGGCUAUUCUGCGUAUACCAACCCCCAAGACUGUUACUGAUAUUAGAAGAAUUGUUGGACUCACAUCUUGGUAUCGGAGGUUUGUCCCUAAUUUUUCCACGAUAGUAUCUCCCUUGACCUCAUUGACCAUGAAGAACGUAAAGUUUGUAUGGAGUCCUGAAUGUGAAAAUGCUUUUAAUACUAUUAAAGAGAAACUGGUCAGCGCACCGGUUUUAUCAUGUCCAGAUUUUGAUCUUCCUUUUAUUAUCCAAUGUGACGCUUCCGAUUUUGGACUUGGAGCUGUCCUUUAUCAGGUUCAAGGUGACGAAGAGCACGCUAUUUGUUUCCUAAGUAGGUCUCUUACCAAAAACGAGCGUCGGUAUAGCACAACAGAAAAGGAAUGUUUGGCUGUCAUUUUCGCCAUCGAAAAACUCAGACCAUAUGUGGAAGGUAGCCAUUUUACAGUGGUAACUGACCACUAUAGUCUGAAGUGGCUUAAUUCAAUCAAAGAUCCUGUUGGUCGCAUUGCUCGAUGGGCUGUAAGGCUACAACAGUACGAUUUUGACAUAGUUCAUCGUAAGGGUAAAGACAACAUCGUCCCCGAUGCAUUAUCUCGUUCGGUACCAGUGGUAGAUGAGGUAGCACCUUUGAAUGACAUGUCAACGAACGAUUCUUCUUUCCUGAUCGACAAGUGGUAUUCCAGCAUGCUAAAACGCGUUAAAGAGCAACCAUCUAAGUACCCACUAUGGUGGAUUUCUAAUAAUAAGCUCUAUAAGCGCACUAAGUCAAAAUACCCCGCUUUAGAUAAUCCUGACGAUGCUUGGUUGCAGAUUGUACCACGAAAUCAACGAUCUGAUGUCAUAAAGGCACAUCACGAUCCUCCCACCUGUGGUCAUCUUGGAGUGUUUAAGACUCUUUCCCGUAUUUCACAGAAAUAUUACUGGCCAAAUAUGAAGUGUGACGUAGCUAGGUAUAUUGCCCGAUGUCACACUUGCUUAAGGACUAAACCUCUUCAAAAAGUCUCUUCUGGCCACCUUCUUAGUCCACAACCAACCUUGACUAGACCUUGGCAAAUCCUCAGUGUAGACCUUGUGGGUCCCUUGCCUCGUUCUCGUUCUGGAUAUUCCUUCGUAUUGUCAGUAUAUGAUUUGUUCAGUAAGUAUCCUCUCUUCUUUCCUUUACGAGUGGCUACCGCCAGCAGUAUAUUAAAAUGGCUCGAGGACCAUGUACUUUUGGUUUACGGAAUCCCUGAUAGAAUCAUUGCCGACAAUGGACCUCAGUUUCGUAGUGGGGCUUUCCAAAAUAAAAUGCAAGAGUAUGGUAUCCAAAUACGUUAUACUGCUAAUUACCACCCGCAGGCUAACCCUGUAGAGCGUGUCCACCGUGUUCUAAAAACCAUAAUCUCAAGCUAUGUUGAUGAGGAUCAUAGGACGUGGGAUCUAAUUUUGGCUAAGGCAGGUUGUGCAAUCCGAUCAGCAAGACACGAAGUUACGGGUCUAACCCCAAACUUUGUAAUUUUUGGUAGAGAACUUCGAUUUCUGUGUCCCACCCCGACUUUAAUUUCUCCAUCUAACCCUAAUGAUUCCGAUCCAACUUUGCGAUCGAAAACAUUGGAAAAGGUAUUUGUCGAUGUUCAGAAAAGACUGAAGAGGGCUUGCGAGCAACGUAGUAGGCGUUAUAACUUACGGCAUCGCGAUGAGCGUUUUCAACUUGGUCAGGAGGUAUGGCAGAGAAAUUAUGUUAUCUCUAAUGCUGCCAAAAACUUUACUUCAAAGUUCGCGCCUAAAUAUCUUGGGCCCUACAAGAUCAGCAAAAUUCUCUCUCCAUGGUCCUACGAAGUUUCGGACUUGACAGGCCGCUGUCGUGGAGUUUGGCAUGCUAAAGAUUUAAAGGCACAUCCACCUGAUAAUAACGUUCAAGAUCAAAUCUAAUGUUAGUAUCUAAGUUAUAAGUCAGCGUAAAUUAAUUAUUAUAAUAGAUUCGUUUCUUUGUAGUUAUUUUGAGGGUUCUUAUAAUGUUGUAUUAUAUUAAGUAUUUUCAAGUUAGGAUUUCUUUUAUUAGUUAUUUAGUUAGAUUAGUUUUUCUUUAUUAGGGAUUGAAUUUCCAUUGCAAGUUUCAGGUAAACUUCCUUUUCAGGAAGGAGGGGUGUGUUACAGGUUUAAUCUCCAACAGAUAUAUUAAUUGAUUUAUUAAUUUUUUUUACCAAGAUAAAGUAAAUCGCAACCAUAGUUUCAUAAAAUAAUUUAUUUAAAAAUCAUACAUAAAUAUACAUACUACACAGAUAUGAUACCGUUAAGAUGGUCCCUCCUAACAUACCCGAUCUGAAACGCAAGGAAAACCAUUAUUGGAUGAGGAAAGUAAAUAAUGAUAUGGGAUAUUGUUUCAUUGUUUUGUUGAUUGAAUAGAAUUAAGAACUGUCAUUGAUUUUGCAUUGAUUUUACCUUGCAGGUCAAUUUGGCCUAUUUUAGAUUUUAAUGAAUACUGAGCACAUAUUAACUAAUUGUUUAUUUUGUUCAAAUCAUAAGGAUCAAUAGUGAUAAGAAUGUUAAUGUCAAUCUGGUCUGUCAGUUUUUUUUUUUUUGUAAAUUAUUGUUGCUAAACCAUGGCCUCAAGUUAUAGAUUGCUCCAUAGUUGCAAAUUACUUAAACCAAUGUUGGUACCAGAUAGUACCCAGUAGUUAAACCCAGCAUGUCAACACCUAGGUACUUGACAGAUAAAUGCAUUCCUUAAAAUUUGGAGGGAACCGACAAUCCUAUUUUUAAUAGAUUCAUUCUUUAUCUGGUUCUAGAGUAUGACAGAUAGUUUCGCUUAAUGCGGAUGUGAAAAGGUAGACCCUAUCUUGGCCUAAUUUUUUUUGUAGUUACUAGUAUGUGCUAGGAUAGCUUAAUUGCUGAUUUUCUAAGUAGGCCUAAGAGUUUAUAGGGCUCCUUGUUUUUGUUGUGUUAAAUAAACCCCAGAAAAGGCCACAUUCCAUCUUCGGCCUUCCUGUACCUUCUGCUUAUCCUCUGCUUCUGCUUUUGCUGCAUUUUUGUUGUUACUGCUUCCACCUCACUUGCUACUCCACGUGUUACCACAUCAAGUCGCUUGGAUCAUCACCUCCGGAACCUGCAUUC